UCCAUAUCCCAAUUUUCAGCAGUCUUCAUUUAACUAACAGGCUGUUCAAUUAUGUUUGCCAAUUCCCUCCGCUCCUGCAACCCUUCCUCCGUCGGGCUCACGCUCCCGUCGCCGGAGCCACACGGCAGCUCUCCCGUCAGCCGCCGCGCUCUGUUUUUCCGUCCAAUAACCUUCUCACCACCGUCAACUACUCUCGACCGAACGCCAUUAAUCCUCUCAGUUGAGAUGCAGUCGUCAACAAAUAAUUCUACCACGGAAUCACCAAUAGCUGAUCAAGAAGACGCCAGGAAUAAAUUUAGCUCCGGCGAAAAGACAUUAGCUUCAAAGUCGGAGAAUACCGGCUUGAAUCUCGGCCGGUUGUUCGCUCUAGUCAAUAUCCCCACAUGGGCUAAAUUUGCUUUGGGAUCUCUAGUUCUCUUGACCAUACCAACGCUAAGAAAGUUUCACAGCCUGAAAGAUGUGACGAAGACGGUGGAAGAGGUGGCGGAGGUGGUGGAGAAGGCGGCGGAGGUGACAGAGAAGAUGGCGGAGGAAAUAGCUGAAGCGCUGCCUGAAGGAAGGGAGAAGGAGGCUGCACUCAAGUUGGAGAAAAUUGCUUUGUUGGUUGACAAGGAAGCAGAGCUCACCGAGUCGAUCAUCGACAAGGUUGAUGAGGUGGUGGAAGUGCUUAAUACAAAUCUGAAGGUAGUCGAAGGCGAGACUACGAAGAUCGAUGAAGAAGAUAAGAUGACUCUGAAGAAGACUGUGGCAGAUCAAUCGAAGGAAUCAGUGCAAUCAUGAAAUGUUCUUAAUUCGAUCAUUUACUCGAUCUCUUUUGUUCAUUCGGUGUUACAAAAUUUGUAUAAUAUUUAUUGUAAUUUUUUUUUUUAGAAUGGGAUUGUGAAUCAGUUGAUUUG